AUGCCACCCCCUACACCGUGCGGCACCGCUGUGCCUAGCGGCCGUAGCCCUGGCACUUCGCCCGUGAAUAGGAUGCUGAAUAUGACUGCUUUUUCAUCAUCUUCUAGCAGUGAAGAGGACUCGGUACGGAGCUGCGCAGUGUCCGAGGGUGGAGCCGGCGAUACAGAAAUCAGGAGCAUACGAGGAAAAGGAAGGAACUCUGCGGCGCAAGAGUGCAAGGAUGGCGGGGGGAUGCCCGACGAGAGUGAGCGUGGAGUCGCUGUCAUCACAGUGGACACAGUGUCAGGGCAGCUGCUCCACGUGGGAGUGCCGCAGAAGGACCUCUUUGCCACCAUGCGUGAAGCCAUGGACGCCAUUCCUGCCUUGUGUUCCCAUACUUCACACCCGUACGAGGUGCUCACAGUGUGUGAGUUCGUAGCCUUCGCUGGCGCCUGCCUUACAGAGGAGGCCAUCCAUCUGCUUUUUGUGACGGCGGUUACGCCACUCGUCACGAGUCCUCAUUCCACUCCGGAUCACAGUGCUGCGGGCAUGCCGUGCGACCCACUGGCGCCGUCGACUUUGCCACCCAUCUGCGUUGUGAGGAGGGCACAGUGGCACAGCAUUCCCCUGCGAGUCGCAGUACCGGCGCUACAGCAGCCGCUCACGAGCACCGGCGUGCACGUGUGGCUUCUCAGCGGCCCUCGCCACGCGUUGCCGACGCUAACGAGUGACACAGUGCCGCCGUAUUUGUUCUUCUCUCCUGGCUUGGAUGUGACGCAUUGCAGUGUCUUGGAGGAUGCAGUGAGACGCUGCGCUGCGGCAGGGGCAGGUGGUGAGCCCUCCACGCUGCCACUGUACAGCGACACGUUCCUGCCGCCGCUGCCUGUGCGGACGGGGCGCAACGCGUUAGGGCGCUGUGACUGCCUCUGGAACGAGGAGCUUAUUGGUUGUUGCGACGUCUUUGGGCUUGGAAAUUGGUGCUGCCGCCUUGCACUCGGAUCGUGCUCUCUCACUGCAUUGACCGACCCGCCUCUCGCGCCUAACAUCGCUCUGUUGGUUGUGCGUUUUAGCCGCCUGGCAUUUCCUGGUUGUCUGUACAACUACUCUCUGGAGUCUGCAAGUCCAGAGCUGGACGAGUACGUCUCGACGUUAGAGACCGAGUUUCAGCUGUUCAUCGUGCAUGCGCGUCGAUGCACCCACGGCGAUGGGAAGACCGAGGUUGUUUCAUCGCUGACGUGGCGGCGUGGCGCCGACUUCGCCGGCCACGCAGAGCUGUUUGAGCAGAAAAAGAGGUUCAAAGACUUUACGGCGCGGUUCGUUGACCCGCUUCCACCGCGCGAGGAUCACGUGGCUGCCAUUUUCUCAGGUUACAUGGAACGCUACGGACCGGGGACGAAGAUCAGUUUGGUUCACGCUGGCAGCAUGGCGUUGCGGCGGCCGAUUAUCGUCCAAGUCGCGGGUGACACGGAGAGGUGCGCGUCGCCUUCCCGUCACCAUGCGUGCGACCCGUCCUCAAGGCAGCAGCAGCAGCUGCAGCAGCACCUCAGUGAAGAGGGCUCACCGCAAAGGCGCCCCCACUUAUUGAUGAAUGUCGGGGAGUGUUUCACGGUUAAAGGCAGCAAAGCUAGUCUCACUGCGGUGGGUUCUACACUCAUUGACACGAGCCUCCAGAAUGUUCUCCAGUCACUUGCAGAGCACAUUAAGGCGCACGGGCUUCUACCCCCCGUCACGAUUGGUGCGCUGUGUACGCUCUCCACUCGGGGCAGAGCAGCAGCAGCAGGAGGAGGAGGAGGAGGAGGAAGAGCGGCGGCGGAAGACUAUUCUGACGGAUUUUUGCAGACCUUUUGGGGCGGUGACGCUCUGCAUGGGAGGAAGGGAAAGCUACCGGAAAUUUGUGUGCCGCGCGUAUGCGUCUCUGACGACACGGAGACGGGGAUUAUCGCUUCUAUUAUUGUUUGUUUCGGCUGGGUUGUGAUGUGGGUUUGCGACGAGCUCUACAACUGCAGUGGGUUGGUGCAAUUUUUGCAGGAUUAUGCUUCUGUGGUGGAUAGUAUUUUCCGUUUGUUAGCCUCUUCGGCGGCUGGAACGCCUCGUAUCAAUGCCGUCUGCGUGACACCGGAGGCAGUGAGUUGUGCACGGUGCUGUCUUGCAGGUGUUUGUGUGGAGGGAACGCUACCGGCGUUUAGCCCGCUUGUUUGGGACGCAGCGCAGCGCAUCGCGCAACUGACACUUUCCACGGAGGAGUUUCCUGCUGCUGCUGCAGUGCGUAGCUAUGGUGACGAUACAUCUGGCAGAUGCCCUAAUACAAUUUUGAAUCCCUCUAUGCGUUCGUUUCUGAUGAAUCUCUUCCUUGGUGGGGGUGGGUUCUAUCCCAGAGAGCUUGUGCGACACCGAACGGUUCUUAUUUCACAUCCAUCGCGUCUCUCAAUGAUCAUCAGCGCGCACUUGAUGGUUCCACAGCGUGCGACGCAAGACUCCACUGAGGUGUUGGAUGAGGCGGAAAGCCCGUUAAAAGUAUCGCGACGGCGUUUCUUUCCCUUCACGCCCAUGCGGCCUUUAAACCUGCCCAACUCGUGCGAAGACAAUUUGGUACUGAAAUCAUCUCCUACAGCUGUUUCUGCACCAACACUAAGUAUGUUCCAAGGCUUGGUGCAUCCUUCGUCGCAGCCGCUCCUUGUACCGUCGUGCUACAGCACCGUGGACUUCACCAUUGCGCUUCCUUCUCUUUCUUACAUCACCCAUGUGGCAUUGGAAGUUGCCAACGCCGUUCAAGAGGCGCCGUAUGCGGCGGUGCUUUCACUGUCACUUGUAACCUGCUGUUACAUGGGACAGACGCAUGAGCGGGUGGUUUUGGAGGACAUGCAGCUUCCACUCUGUGGCAGCAGCAGGACGCGGGGCAGNNAGCAAGGUGCCAUUCUCUGUACUGGAGGCGUCACGUGCAGGCACUGGUAG